AUGGCAAUGGCAAAUAACAAAACACAAUGCUUUACAUGUAAUAAAGAAAAAAUAACUUAUCCUUGCAAAGGAUGUUCAAAAGAAUUUUGUUUUAUGGAUUUAGCAGAACAUAAACAAAUAUUAAAUGAUGAAUUAAAUCAUACUAUUAAUAACUAUGAUGAGUUUAAACAAAGAAUUAAUGAACAAAAACAAAAUCCACAAAAUCUUGCAUUAAUAAAACAAAUUGAUCAAUGGGAAACAAAGUCAAUUGAAAUAAUUCAACAAAAAGCACAAGAAUGUAGAAAAGUUGUCAUUGAAUCUUCACAAACAUUCAUUAAUAAUAUUGAGAAGAAAUUCAAUGAUUUAUCUGAUCAAAUAAAACAAAUUCAUGCUGAAAAUGAAUUUAAUGAAAUUAACUUAAAUUAUUUGAAAAAUAAAUUAAUAAAAAUUAGAAAAGAAUUCAAUAAUCCGACAAAUAUUUCUAUUAAAGAAGAUUCACAACCGUUUAUUAAUGAUAUUUCAAUUAUUUCAUCAAAAAAACCGACAUUCAAUAAAUGGAAACAAAAUGCUAUCACUGUUGUUGGUGAAGAUGGAUAUGGACUAAAAUUUAAUCAAUUACAUGGUCCUCACGGAAUCUUUAUUGAUAAAACGAAAAAUAUUUUCAUUGCUGACUGUUGGAAUCAUCGUAUUGUUGAAUGGAAAUAUAAUGCAAAGGAAGGACAAAUCAUUGCAGGUGGAAAUGAAAAAGGAAACCAAAUAAAUCAAUUGAAUAAUCCAACAGAUGUGAUUGUUGAUCAAGAAAAUCAUUCGAUCAUUAUUGCUGAUAAAGGGAACAGACGAGUAGUUCAAUGGUUGAAUCAAACUCAACAAAUUCUCACUGAAAAUACUGACUGUUGGGGUUUGGCAAUGGAUAAACAUGGAUUUCUUUAUGUUUCUCAUUAUAAGAAGAAUGAAGUAAGGCGAUGGAAAAUGGGAGAAUACAACAACAAAGGAAACGUAGUGGCAGGUGGAAAUGGAAAAGGAAAUCAACUCAAUCAACUUGAUUUUCCUCGUUUUAUUUUUGUUGAUGAAGAUCAAUCUAUUUAUAUAACAGAUUACAACAAUGAUCACGUGAUGAAAUGGGGAAAAGAUUUAAAAGAAGGAAGAGUUGUGGCUGGAGGAAAUGGUAAAGGAGGAAAUCUAAAUCAAUUGUCUUCACCUCAAGGUGUAAUUGUUGAUGAUUUGGGUCAAAUCUAUGUGGCAGAUUGGGAGAAUGAUCGAGUAAUGCGUUGGUGUGAAGGAAAAGAAGAAGGUGAAAUUAUUGUUGGUGGAAAUGGUGGAGGAAAUCAACUGAAUCAUUUCAUGGGUUUAUCUUUUGAUGAUGAAGGGAAUCUCUAUGUUACCGAUCUUUGGAAUAAUCGAAUUGAAAAAUUUAAAAUAAUUCUGUAA